AUGAGUCACGAACCAAUAAGGAGCAGGGCAGCGAGUCAGGCAGAUCGAUUCCGCAGCACGUUCAGUCCAGGCAACUACGACAAGAGCGAAGCAGCAGCUAAACUGCAAGAAAUCAUAGCUGAAAGCGACACGGGAGAGAACUCCAGAGUCCAUCAGUUGCACGUAGACAAAGUCAAAUCAGCAUCAGUAAAAAGGAUAUCACGACCCGAAUGUUGGAAGUUAUACGAAAUCGUAAACGACGAUCCCACGGAGAUCGUGUUCCGAAUCCAAGGAAUCAUACAAUCGAAAGAAUUGCCUCCAGUCGGUCGUAACGCAAAUAGGAGCACUCGGGCCAGAAAAUACCUGCGUCAACAGGUGACUCUGUUCGGAUUUGAAGCACCCUCGUUCCAGGCGUUUGUCGAUUCGAUGGAAGCUAUGUACUUUAAGUAUGGCGAUGCCAUAGCAGAAGGUUCCCUUGAAUUAUGGAAUCCACCCACAGACGACAAGGGUAUAGGGUUCGACCUCGUCAAUCGAUAUUUCACUCAUAUCAGUCACUCGGGAGGGGAGCCUGCGAUUCCAUUUCACGAAUCCGUUGAUCCAUGCGACGUGUUGAAGCAAAUGGGAGGGGGCGUUUACAUUCAUACUCAAGACAACCACGUUGACUACAUUGAACGCAUAUCGACAGGAAGCGCCAAUGCAUAUCAAUACAGAAUAAUAUCACCCGCCACUUUCAAAGUAGGCGAUAUCGUCGAAUGCGCACUUGUCGCAAGGUGUUACCCUACGGGGAACGAUACAGUCAAGCUUUCGCUAACUCUCAAGGCACUGGUUCUAAUAGACAGGAGUGUUCGCGAUAAAGCUUGCAUUUUGAGAAUGCGUAACCGAAUCAAACCGAAGACUUCGACUUUGACCCUUAAGAGGCCUGCAAUGUACGAUAUCGAUGAAGAGGUAGAGGCUAGUGAAAAAGCGAUGUCAAGAAUGAGGAUAGAAUAA